AUGCCCAGCUACCAGAAGAAGGUGACUCUGUGCGGAGCGGGUUUGCUAAGCUUGGCCUCUGCUCUGACUGCAGCCCUGGCCCUGAGCACUCCCAGCUGGGCACAAGCUACUGUCCUGUGUCAGACUGGCGCCGAGCUUGUCAAUGCCUCAGGCAGCGAACUGGAAAAAUUCAUCGGACGGAUCAGCUACGGGCUUUUCCACGGACAGCGACUUCGGGAGUGCGGCUUGGGAGGAAGGAGCCUGCAGAUAACAUUUUUUCCAACACUCUUGGAUGCGAUUCCUGCAGGUCUUCAUGUUGCUGUAAUACUGUUUUCUGUUGUGGUAAUUGUGUUUGCUUUGGUGGCGGCAGGAUUCUUUAUGUUCAAUGCAUUUGGAAGACCUUAUGAGACCCUCCAAGGUCCAAAUGGCCUGUACCUUUGGAAUACCAUCGCCUGUUCCUGCGGUUUUAUGGUGAUGAUACUCUUUACGUCUGAAGUAAAAACUCAUCGCCUGUCUGAGAAGAUUGCAAACUACAAAGAGGCAAACUUUGUCUUCAAGACACAGACUGAAGCUUUUGGAUAUUCUUUCUGGCUUCUCUUUGUUUGCACAGCGAUGCAUUCUGUCAACAUACUGCUCAUCAGAUUAGCUGGAAUUCAAUUCCCUUUCUUCAAACCAAAAAAUGCAGAUUCAAGUAAUGGGGGAGCUGACCUUAUGUACUAA